AGUAAAAGAUCCUGUUUUUAAAACCCGAUUUAAAAGUCUAAAAAGUAUGAGUAUGCGUCAAAGUACCACGAAAGAAAGUAAAGAUACUAUAUUAUUGGAUUGCAGUAAUCAUCGCAUUAAUGUGGUCAUCACUUCAUUGUUGCUGCUGAUAAAGAAGGAACUUAUAACUACAUUUUGUGGAGUAAAAGCUACACUAUUCUCCUCUGAAGUGCAGUAGAGUCGAGAAAGAUCUACUUAAAAGUUCCUAUUUAUUCGUCUAUUUGUGAAAUAUGUAUACGUUUCUUUAUCUUAUUCUGAAAGCAAACCACGUAGCUUCCGGUAAUUCUCAACGUAUCCGCUAGCUUCCUCCCGUAGGGAAGCUUCGAGGGAGUGUCGUCGACGCUCAAAUCAGGAGCAUUUUGUCGUGUUCGGUUCUAUUCACCGGAGGUAGAAUCGGCGGGCGGUGCUCUGGGAAACAUUUAGGUCGCUGCCGCCUUUUUACACCAAACUUUGCCUCGUGGCCACGAGAGAGUCCUUCACACACCUCCAUGCGGUGGCAUGUCACUUUGUGGAGCAAUUCACAAGCAGUAUAUGAAGUUAACACAAGUAACUCCGCCCCUACCAGCUGCAACCUUAAGAGGUGGAAAACUCUGAUCUGGAUCUGGGAGUCUGCUGCAUCUUGAGAGGGAACCGUGCAGAACCAACACCGGGACCGGGGGCUUCUGCAGGACCGUUAUGGGACCGUUGGAGUGAUCGUUCCCGCGGGGCGGAGGAGGGCUUCCUCCCCGUUAUCUCUCCCCACGGAGAGCAGCUAAAUGCGGCUGUCUGGAGACCCUGCACCGGCCACCAUGAGCACCGGGUCCGGUAACUUCCUGCUGGUCCCCAUACCGGAGUACCCUCCGCUGGACUGCGUGCCCCACAAGACCGUGAAGAUCGUGGUGCUCGGGGCCAGCAACGUCGGCAAAACCGCUCUGAUCGUCAGGUUCCUGACCAAGAGGUUCAUCGGGGACUACGAGGCCAACACAGGAGCGCUCUACUCCAGAAAGGUCACGCUGGACGGAGAGGAAGUGUCGCUUCAGAUCCAGGACACUCCCUGUGUCGCCCUCCAGGACGAGGCUGACGGCCUGUACUGCCAGGAGCAGAUCAACAGGUCCAUCUACUGGGCCGACGGCUACGUGAUGGUGUUCUCCAUCACCGACCACAGCAGUUACCGCACCGUGCAGCCGCUGUACCAACACGUCCGCCGCAUCCACCCGUCAGGGAACAUCCCCGUCAUCCUGGUCGGGAACAAGAGCGACUUGCUGAGAGCCCGACAGGUGGAGACGGACGAGGGGGAGGCGCUGGCGGCUUCGCUGGGAGGCGUGUACUUCGAGGCCUCGGCCCGAGAGAACCACGAGGGAGUCCACACCACCUUCCUCCACCUGUGUCAGGAGGUGGUCCGGGCUCUGGGAGGAGCCAACGGGGAGAAGAGGCGGGGGGGGCUCCACCUGGCCCGGCCCAAAUCCCCCAACAUGCAGGAGCUGAAGAGGAGGUUCAGACAGGUGCUCUCCUCCAAGGGGAAGUCGUCCACGGCGCUCUGACGGCCGGACGAGGACCACGACGACCGGCGACCACGAGAUGACCACGAGGCGACCACGACGACCACGAGAUGACCACGAGGCGACCACGACGACCACGAGACGACCACGAUGACCACAAGACGACCACGAUGACCACGAGACGACCACGAUGACCGGCGACCACGAGAUGACCACGAGAUGACCACGAGAUGACCACGAGGCGACCACGACGACCACGAGGCGACCACGACGACCACGAGACGACCACGAUGACCACAAGACGACCACGAUGACCACGAGACGACCACGAUGACCGGCGACCACGAGAUGACCACGAGGCGACCACGAGACGACCACGAUGACCACGAUGACCGGCGACCACGAGAUGACCACGAGGCGACCACGAGAUGACCACGAUGACCACGAGACGACCACGAUGACCACGACGACCACGAUGACCACGAUGACCACGAGACGACCACGAUGACCACGAUGACCGGCGACCACGAGACGACCACGAUGACCACGACGACCACGAGACGACCACGAUGACCACGACGACCACGAUGACCACGACGAUCACGAGACGACCACGAUGACCACGAUGACCACGACGACCACGAGACGACCACGAUGACCACGAGACGACCACUAUGACCACGAGACAACGGAAGGACGAAGAAAAAAACAAUAUCGAAGACUUUUUUGAAGCUCGAGAACUCGAGGCGCUCGAAGACCGAACGGAGCUGCUGCUUCUUCUUCUUCUUCUUCUUCUUCUUCUUCUUCUUCUCCUUCUCCUCCCCCCCUCUCCUGGUGGACGUCGAUGGUCAGAAAUAAUAAAUAAUCGUUUUAAAGAA